GGAUAUAGUUUUGUUGUUGUGAUGUAGGAAGUAAACACGAAUACGUGUAAUGCAUCAUUGACUGAAUAAUCUUCUAAAAACAUGUUAUUACUAACAAUAAAUUUAUAUAUAAAAUCAUAACCUUCAAUUUUAGCUUAUAGAUUUUUUUGUGGUACAAAGUGCAAGGUUUCUUGGAUUACUUAAUAUUAACAUAGUUGGUUUCAACAGUGCUAGUCUCUGUCACUAAUGGAAGAUUACAAAUACCUGUUCAAGGUGGUCCUCAUUGGAAAUGCAGGUGUCGGCAAGACCUGCUUAGUACGCAGGUUUACACAGGGUCUUUUCCCACCUGGUCAAGGAGCAACCAUUGGUGUGGAUUUCAUGAUCAAGACAGUUGAGGUGAAUGGAGAAAAAGUUAAGCUGCAGAUCUGGGAUACAGCUGGACAGGAGAGGUUCCGUUCAAUCACUCAGAGUUACUACAGGUCUGCCAAUGCCUUGAUUCUAGUCUAUGAUAUUUGCUGUCAGACAUCUUUUGAAAGUCUUCCACAGUGGCUCCAUGAAAUAGAGACGUAUGCUAGCAGUAAAGUGCUCACUUAUCUUGUGGGUAACAAGUCUGACCAAAUAACUAAGCGGGAAAUUCCCACAAAUGUGGGGCAGCAGUUUUCUGAGAGAUAUGAAAUGAAAUAUUUGGAGACAUCUGCCAAAGAAGCUGAUAAUGUUGAAAAACUCUUUAUGGACAUUGCAGUUGAAUUGACAAAACAAACGAAAGAACACGAACUUCGUCCCAAUAGUCUGGAAAUUUUCAAUAAGGGAGAAACAACAUCCAUAUCAACAGUUAGUUGUUGCAAGAUCUGAUUCAAGUAUUACACAUUCGUGCAUGGGAAAAACCCAAAACAUUUAUUUAAAAUUUACAUGUUUAAUGGUGUUCUAACUAUUAUUAUAUGAAACUGUUCCUUUUACUUGUCCUUAAUGCUGUGUGAAGUGAAUGUGUCGAAACUUUAUUUACAUGUAUCAUGAGGGCUGUUCAGAAUUGAUCACAAUGGGGAGGUAGGUGGGAGGUAUUUUGUUUGUAUAUACAAUUAUGAUAGAAUAUAAUUGUAAUUAUGAUAGAAUGUAAUUAUGAUAGAAUAUAAUUGUAUUUCAAACCAAGUAUGCAUAGAGAAAAUAUAGCAGCAGACCUACCAGGCUUGAAGUAAUCACCUUGAAGCCUCCUGCCUCCACCAUGUGAACAGUUAUGGUACAAGUUUAGUAUUCAGUUGUAUUACUGGACUUUUUAUGGUGAUCUUAUUCAGUUGUAUUAUUGGACACUUUAUGGUGAUCUUAUUCAGUUGUAUUAUUGGACACUUUAUGGUGAUCUUUAACAAGUUUAAGUGAAAUGGUGUCCUAGUUGUAUUAUUGUACACUUUAUGGUGAUCUUUAACAAGUUUAAGUGAAAUUGUGUCCUAGUUGUAUUAUUGGACACUUUAUGGUGAUCAUUAAUCAACUUUGAGUGAAAUGUUGUCUUAGUUGUAUUAUUGGACACUUUAUGGUGAUCGUUAAUCAAGUUUAAGUGAAAUGGUGUCCUAGUUGUAUUAUUUUAUUAUCUGUAUUAUUUAGAGACAAUUUACAUUAAUUACUUGACAUUUUGUGGUGAUCAUCAAAUUUAAGUGAAAUGGAGACCUAGUCAUAUCAGUAUUAUCUGGAGAAAAUUUACAUUCAUUAUUGGACACGUUAUUCUGAUCUUUAAAAAGUUUAAGUGAGAUGGCAUCCUAGUCAUCUUAUUAUAUUGUCUGUAUUAUAUGGAGACAAGGUUACCUUACCGGUAAUUAUUUUCCUUUAUCCUGCAGUCACCCUUUGUAUUGGUAGAGCCAGGAUAUAAUGUCUGGAUAAAGAAACGUGACUUGUUGCCAAUGGCAGCAUAAACCCUGUGAUGUGACAUGAGCCUGGCAUGUCUUUUACUUCUGACUAGUUUUUUUAAACAUUAUUACUGUGUCAAUACAGUACUUUUACUUCUUUGAAAAAACAACAACAAAAACUUUACCAACAGGUACAGAAUAGUGAGAUGAUUAUCACCUUCUCAGACAGUUGGAAGAAGCAACUCUGAUGAGACUGUACAAAAAUUGAGACAGUCAGAGUGGCCCAUUGAGACUCCUUCACACCAAGCUCUGUUGAAACUGACAAAAACAGACAAGACGGCUCAUUUCAACAGAUGGGUGUAGCUUGUGAAUUUUUUUUUACAAACACAGUAUAUGGAACAUGUGUUAUUUGCCUCAGAAUAUAAUGACCAAUGGUUCGCCACAUUAUGCUCCCCUCCCAUCCCAGAAUUAGUCACUGGCGAAGUCAGAGGUUAAGUCCAGGAUGGGUGUGCCUGAACCUUCUGUGGAUACGGGCAUGUUAAUAGAGUUUUCAUCCGUAUUAUGUUCCAAAAGUAUGUAAGAGUAAUAGUCGUAUAUGCUAAUGAGAAACAUUAUAAUUUGUGUUUAAGCAGUAUUAUUAAAACACUAAAGUAUGUGUAAGUAUAUCAAAACGUCCUUGCAGUACAUAUGAAUACCUAUCUUUGAAAGCCCACUGGUGUCUAAAUCUAUAAGUGCAAUGACUAUUGUGAACUAGUAUUAUUUACAGUAUAUGGGUGGUGGGUACGAAAUCGACAAAUGGGAUAGAUUUAAAACUUUUUUUUAGCCAACUUUGUCUCAAAUGGUACUUUUUAUGUUAAAAGUUUUAUAAUGCCAUUUCACACCAAAAAAAAGAGGAGAAAAAAGGGGGUAUAAAACAAGAUUAAUAAUUCUGCAGGAGAAUAAAUGAAUACCAGACUUUUAUCUUGUUCAUAUUAAAUUUCUGAUACAAAAUAAGUUUGAAAAUACUCAAACAUGUUGAUUUUUAUUUUAUUGCAAUUACAUAUUUGAGAUCUGUGAAAUGAAUGUUUUGAUUGUGUUAUGGUAUGCUUGAUUAAAACCCCCAGCUAAUAACAACAAACAAACAAGCUACAAUGAUCUUAUUUUACAUUUUAACAUUUAUUUUAUGACAUCAUGACUGAAUGUCUAGUGUGCAAAUAAUAAUUUCUAUACGUGUAUACUAAUGAAGACAUUUGAAUUUUCACUAAAUAAAAUAGAAAUGGUAGUCUUAAGUUUGUUUUAUAGUAAUAAAGCAAAAUACUCAGGCAAUCAAGGUGCUUCAUCAUUGUACACAUAAUGUUGGUGCUUUUCAUUUAUAUUUAAAUUCUUUAAAAUUCAGCAUUUGUCAUAUUUAGAUGACACUUUGGUUUGCUAAGCUAAGAAGUAAAGAAACCAGAAAGUUAUGAAUAUCUGAUAUAAUAAUUUUACCAUGCCAAUAAGAAACCAGGAAAUUAAAGCACAAUAGGAAACCAAUACUGGGAUUUCUGACAUUCUGACAACCAAUGGGGUUGGUUGGGGCUUAAGGUUGCUCCAUUGUCCUGGAGUGUACUACCUUAGAAAUAUUAGUUAAAGUGAAAAAUAUUGUUUUAUUUAGCAACACCACUAGAGCACAUGGAUUUGAUUAAUUAUUGACUAUAGGAUAUCAAACAUUUAAUAAUUUGGAAAUGUAGUUUUUAGAGGAAACCCAUUAGAUUUUUCUAUGAGCAGCACAGUUAAAAUAAGUCAGGUUAGCUGUUUUUAAUGUUUGAUUUCUAAUUCCAUAUAAAGCACCUUUUCACUGGUUUACUGUCUUUUUGGAGGGAUUCUUAGUUUCAAAUGGUCUGUUUAGUAUUUGGCAGUACUGCUGAAUUUGUGGUUUAAUUUUUGUUUCAUUGACAAAUUGUAAUAUUUGCUUAUGUUUUAGGUAAGAUUUUGGAAAAGUUCAGGUAUGAUUACUGCAGUUAACUUAAUUUUGAUCACUUGAUAUUUUCAUAUCUUACAAAUCAGUUUUUAAAAAACUUUACCCAGCAGUACCCUCAGUUUUAAAAAACAGACUAAAAAAAAAACCCUCCUUACUCAGGUUUUAUAUAUGUAGGUAACAGAAUGCACAUUAAUGUCAAAUUUUGAUAAUGUUCGUGAAUGAUGCUUCUGAUUAUUAACCCUGAUAUUGGUUAUAUACCAAGAAAAUCCUUGUUGCUAAACACGUUUGUGGUUCUAGCUCAAAUCUUCUUCAUUCCUUAUUAAAUGUUGUUUUUAUUGUAAAUUUGUUAAAUGUAUUUUUGUUUUUAGUCAAAUACUAUGAUCAGUUAUACAUUGUAUAUUUAACAGGUAUGUUGUAUUAGUAUUUGUUGUACAUAUGUUGAUUUGUUUUGUAUGGUUGUGUACAUAACUAUUAAAGAAGAUUACAUGCUUUAUCCAUUAUUAUGCCUGUAUUGAUUCUUCAGUGUUGUCCAAGUCAUUCAGCAGUUUUUGUUAAUUGCAAUCUGCCUUAUUCAUCUUUUUAAAAAAGUGUUUCUCUGGCACUAAAUUAAAAAACAUUAGGCAUACAGUAUUACAUCCAUAUUACACCUCUGUUUUUAAUACAGUAAUAACUUUUAAUGAUGCUCUUGAAACUGCAACAUCAGUGAUUACAUUUACCACUGUUUUAAUAUAUAUAGAGAGGAUAAUAAACAAGUUACCAGUUGUUAUAAAAUGUAUGUCCCGAGUGAAAUAAUUUUCACUUGUAACAAGCUUGAGCGAGUGACGUGAAAAUUAUUUCAUGAGGGAGAUACAUUUUAUAAUUACUGAUGCCGAGUUUGUUAUUGUAUUUAUUACUCCAGUCAUUUUUUGUUUCUAAAAGCAUUUAUUUUCGAUAUACAUACAUGUAAACCACUUUACACACUGUUCUGACUAUUUCUAUAACUUUUUAUCUGAAUCACUUUCACAGAUAAUUUUAAAAAAACAAAGUCCUGUAUAUGCUGUUUAAAAAAUCUAUAGAAUUUCAUUAAACUAAUAUUUUAUUACAAGUUUAACAUUAAAAACAGAAAGCUGUAAACGCAGCCUCUUUCAACUAUGUGACAUAAUUUUUGUGUUUGCCACAUUGUGAUGACAUCAUAUUUAGUACUGUCACGGUCAUUGGUUUCUAAGUGUCCUAUUGUCCAAUGGUAGUGUAUGUUACAUCAAUGCAAAAUAUUUCUCACUGAGAAAAUAUGAAAAAUAUUUUUCCUGUUAUGGUUGACCGCUGAGAUAAUAAAUACAAAAAUGUAUCCAAUGUGACAAUAUAAUUCAUGUGUUAUGAUAGCACAUACAUACAUACAUACAUACAUACAUACAUACAUACAAACAUACAUAAGGAUGACUCGAUAGCUCAAAAUGUUAUAAUGUAACAAUCAACCUCGACAUGCAUACAAUAUAUAGAUAUUCAUAGAUCAAUACAUACAUCUCUUAAAUGAGUUCUAAUGUGGAUCUGCACUAUAUUUGCAUUCAUUAGUGCUGCAAGUGGAAAAAAAAGGAAUAAUAAUAAAGUAGUUCAUCUUUCAUUUACAGAUAUUAAAAUGACCUCAACAUUUGCCAUUCCAGUCAGUCGGUUUGAAUCUACAUAUUGGUUUAUGUUCAGAUUUGCAUGUUUUAUUUUAUUUUGUGGGAUUUUGUUUCCGAUUUCAUGUAAAAACUAAUUAUGAUGUAUUGACAAACACUACCACCUAGCAUUAUUUGUGACAUACUGCAGCUAGCUUAUAAGUGCAAAAAGCCAGCUUAAAGUAAUAUUUUUUUUAUGAAAAUGUAUCUUUAGAUUAGCCAAUAACUUUAUUUGUUCAUUUCCGUAAGACAUUUGCAUUGUUCACUGUGAUGUGAUAUUUUAAGGAGAGAAAAUAUUUUUACGAGUCUCGGUCGAUAUUUAUUUUUUGUGCUCCAUAACACAUAUCUGUCUCAUCACAGUACCAUAAUUGUUUUAUUACUUCAGUCAUUUAAUACAAAAUAAAUACACGAACUAGGCCUAUUUACAAUUAGUUGAGCACUAUGCAAUCUAAUAAAUACAAGUAUUUUUCACUAUGACAUCAUCUGUAAGAUGCUACAAUUUCCGAAUUCUGUCGCACAAACUGAUAGCGCUCAUUGGUGAAUGCUAAGGGCAUUCCCCGUUUCACGCUGUAAAUAGUGCAAUAUCUUGAUUUAUGGGUUUGCAAAAUCACAGAGCAGUGCAGUAUGAUCUCAAACGGAAUUACACAUGACAUAACAUUGAGCAAGUAGAAUGUGCAAGAGGUAAUAAUAAUUAAUAUGACAUUGCUUUCAACUUGUGGAAGACAAAUACCGUAAAUCCGUAAAUAGAAGUCUGCCUUAAAUAGAAGCCAGGUUUCGUUGUGUUUUGAAAAAACUAAGAGGCCUGUCUUGAAUAGAAGCCUGCUUUACAUUAAGGCCUGUUUGUACAACUGUAGCUUUGUCAGGUUAAUGGUCACAUUAUGCACCUCAUGUCUGUAGCAUGACGUCAAAGGCUUAUAACAUCAUGGAAAGAAUAACAGGAAAGGAGAAGUUAGUUUUGCAAGCCUACAUUAUAAGAUAUCACAAGGCUAUGUUAGAAAAUUUUGCAAUAAUAAAGAAAAUAGAAGCCUAGGCUUCUAUCCAAGGAUUUACGGUAUUUUCAAACAAAUACUAUUCAGGUGAUCUUUACUACUUUUCUAAAUUAUUGCAAACACAAUUAAUCAAAAAUAAUAAAUAAAGUGAUUUAAGGUCCAAUUUUGGAGUAUUUAAAGACUACAAUAAUGAGUGUUAUCAAAUUGGUAAUAAAAAAAGAUUAUUUCUUUAUUAGAAUUGUUUAAUUUUUCACAAAUCAAAUUGGGGAAAUUUUAAAAAUGGCUUAUAUAUUUAAAUACUAAUGAAAACACUUGUGGAGUCAAUCACAAUAUUGGAAAUGUGUGCCAGUAUAUUAUUAUAGUAAUGACAACAUAUGUUAAUGACAGUCAAAAUUAAUUAUGCCUGAAUCAAGCAGGUGCAUGAAAUGGAAAUCCUAUCGUAUAUACUGAACCAAAAUAGAAAUGUUUGACAGCCAAUAUUUGGAAAGGUUAAAAACAAACCAAAAUAUGUCUAUAUAUUGGGUAUGGCCAUCUUGCGAAUUGAUGACUGCAUUGCAUCACCGCCACAUGGAACUGACAAGUGUGUUGAUUUCUACCUGUGAAAUAUUGUACCAUUCCUCAAUACUUGCAAAGUUCAUUGACAUUUGAUGGCGGGUUGGAUUGACGCCUUACACAUCUGUCUAGACUAUUCCAGACAUUGGAAGUCAUUGGUACGUCCUGUCUGAAGAUUCUGAAACUCAUGUCUAAAACUUCCAACAGCUCUACCAACCUCUUCUAUCAACAUACCAGCAUCAAGCAUGCUAAAAAGCACAUUCACGUACAUUUCUUGAUAUUCUAGACAUCGAAAAAUUAAUAAAUUUCAAUAAAUUCUUAUUGACAACAAGAUCAAUGAACUGAUAAAAAAAAACACCUUCAGUUCAAAACAUGUGGAGCAUGGUGAGCCAUGGUUGCAUGUGCAAAUCAACUUUCACUUUGUCGCUUUGUUUCACUACACACACGGUGAGCAAAAUUUAUAAAUUCCGACACUCAAGAUGACAGAAGAUUUGUAAUGCAUUUUCAAUGUUAACUGAUGUCUGAAAAUCUGACGUUUCUUUUUUGGUUCAGUAUAGUAGACAGGACCUUAAGCCCAGCCCAUCCACCCCCUCACCCUACGACAAUUGAAUAUGAAUGUUGGCCAUGAUACUCUCCAUUGUCAGUUUUCAACAUCCACAAGCAGUCACUGACUAUACCCAUUCAGUACCAUUGGUCGGUAUUUAUAUAUAUUGUUGUAUUGUUUUACUGGGUUUUACCCCACCCCUACCCCCUGAUUCAAUCACUGGUAACAAAAGAGGUUGUGCUUGGGAAAGGGAGGGUGCCUGAACCUUUUGAUAGAUUGUUCACUCUCUGAAAUGUCAUUCUGCUACAGAAAAAGUUUAGAAAGCAAGAAUGUGUACCAAUCAAAAUUUGUGUAAACAUUUCAGGUAACCCAUUUUAUUUUUGGUAACUCAUUAUGUCCAUGUAAAUUGUGUCCUAAAUUAAGUGUGCUAGCUUGAGCGAUGGAUGAAUUAAAUUAUUGUACUGACAAUUUUCAGAGGCUUGUACAACAAAACUGUCAUCUGGUGGUAUGGCAAAUUCACUGCUUUCUUUCUUUUUUGGAGAUUUAGUAUAUUUUACUCCUGUGUGUAAACUAUUCGCAUUUAUCUUUCACACACUUAUUUUAUCAAAUCGGAUGCAACAUUAAGAUGGUUAUUUUCCACCAAGAUAAUUGGAGUUUUUUUGUUGAUAAUUAUGUGAGAUUUGUUUUUUGUCUUUUUUUGUUUUGGCAUGCAUGCAAUGAGCUUAUUCGGAUUUUUCAGUAUUUGUUAUUAUGGUAUAGAUUUUUGUUUGUCCACAUUCUGUCAUCAUACAAAUCAGUUUGAAUUACUGUUUGGAGAGAAAAGAAGGCAGUUUUGUAUUAUAUUUCCUAGAUCAAGCUUAGAGAUGGUCUAAGAAUGUAUAAAAUGUUUUGGUUUGAAGAGGGGGUUAAUGGAACAUUUGAAAUAAAUAUUUCCAUUAUCUUUCAUUGUUUCAUUUAAAACAUUAAUUUGUAUGGCACUGAUGACUUAUUACAUUUUAAAUUCAGUUUAAUGCAUAUAAAAUAUAACAAAGCAAUUGAUAUAACAAACAUUCCUUUCAGUGUAAUUUUGUCUUGAUAUUGAUAUCCUGCAAAUUGUUUACCAGUAGUUCUAUUAUACAGUAUUAUAUGAAAAGCAAAACAUUUUGUUUUUCAGUUCACAGUAUUUCAGUCUUUGUUAAUGAUUGGACUAUAAUCUUUGACUGCCUGACUGGUGCUUCCAAACACUAAAGGUUCAAGCAUGACCAUCCUGGGCAUAAGUUCUGACCUAAGCAGACUUUUGUCCACGAUUUAAUAUCACCUGUAGUUAACAUGUGAUCCAUAGAGGAUAUUUUAUGUUUUUUGUCAAAUAUGAUUUAUAUUUCAUCGAGUGAAGUUUGCAAUCAUAUCUCAUGAGUCGUGACGGGUGUGAUAUGAUUGCAAACUUCACGAGAUGAGGUAUAUAUCAUAUUUGACAAAAAACAUGAAAUUUUCUAUUUAUUAUAUAACUUUUGGCACUUUACCUUUAUUUUUAAAAUGCCAGCAGCAAAAUAGUUCCGGCUUUCUUACAGUGAAGGUAACACUUUCUAGUCAGUGACGACAUUAUAGGGUGAAAUAGUGAAAUUUUCACUCUAAAAUGUGUUAUCGUCACUGUGUGACUGAUAACACUUUUAUUUCACUGAUAUUUUAAGAUAUUUCACUAAAUGUUUUAUAAUAAAUGUUUGCAUUAUGCAUACAUUCUGAAAAUAAGAAAGAAGUUUUCUAAAUCAAUAUAUUUUCUACCAAUAGAACCAAACUUUUAAACAAUUUUAUUUAAUGAGGACCUCUAUUGACCGUUCUCCACAAAAUUCAAAUGAAGCUUUUAAUAUUUGUUGUAAACAACACACUUUAUUUUAUUUAAUGCAUUAACAUUACAAUUUUUUUUAUUUUUUUAUUUUAUCAUCCCACUGCUCCCUUUCCUUUCUCUCCUUUGAAUUCCAUCUCAUUUCUUCCCGAUCUGGCAACUCUUUAUCUUUCAACUUCUUUCGCUGUCCACCUCCUCAUUUAUUAGUAUAAAUAGAUUUUUUUUAAAUUGGUAAAUCAUAAAAUAGAUUAAUGUCUCCAGUCAACAGAAUGCAAAAAACUGUAUAUUGUUGAUGUUUACAUGUUUUGUAUUUAUUGUAUGUGCCAAAUGUUUUUCCUUGUUUUUUUUAAAAUGUACAUAAUGAGUUUGACUUCAUCAUUCAAAAUAAUAAAUCACUUUUCAAAAA